GUAGUAGGUACUACAAAACACAAGUUAGAAGUUAAAAACUUACAACUUUUUAAGUUACUUGUAAAUUGAGUACUUACAACUUUACUUAUAUUUUUGUUAAGUUUAAAAUGAAUACAGUUGUCAGUUACUUCACUCCUCUCAUCUGAUUAGUACUGCCAUUCUAAGGUCCUUUUAAAAGUUUAGAAAGUAUAGUUGUUAAAAAAUUGCAUCCUUCUCUGAGAAAGUUUUAAAAUUUAUAUCUAUUGAGUCAAAGAAAUGGGACGCCGCAAAUCCAAUAGAAAGCCGCCUCCAAAACGAAAGGCAAUAGAACCACUUGAUGAACAAUUUAACUGCCCAUUCUGCAAUCAUGAAAAAUCCUGUGAAGUAAGAAUCGUUCGAGGAAAGUUCUCUGCACGUGUUGAAUGUCGGGUGUGUCUAGAAUUUUUCCAAACUACAACAAAUGUGCUGUCUGAACCAAUAGAUGUUUACAACGAGUGGGUAGAUGCUUGUGAAAAUGCUAAUUAAAUUUAUCAUGCUAAGUAAAUGUAAAUAAAUAUAAUUAAUUAAGUACAA